UUGGGUAAGAAAUAAAGAAAAAUAAUGGGGAGCAAUGUGAAUGAUAUGAUGAGUUCAAAGAGUUUGGUGAAUGUGCUUGUUGAAGGGAGAGAUCUUACUAGGGAACUUCAGUUGGGUCUUGGCAACGAGAUACACUCAUCUUCCAAUAAAGCAUAUGGAUUGAUGGCUAAAGACAUUUUGGCCAAAUUUGAAAGGUCAUUACAGAUCUUGCAAUAUGAUUCAACGAACCAGUUUCAAUUUCAGCUGACAACUCCUGCAACAAAUGACUCCCCUAAUUCCUUUAGUGGAAGCCCUAAAAGCUUAGAUUCUGACGGAGAUUUCAGAGAUCCAGCUGAAUACAAAGAUGACUCUAAAAAGAGAAGGAUUUCUCCUCGAAUUACACAAAGAGUGCAAGGUUCUACUAGCAGUGGACUCGAAGGACCAAUUGAAGAUGGUUAUAAUUGGAGAAAAUAUGGACAAAAGGACAUUCUUGGAGCCAAUUUUCCAAGGGCAUAUUAUAGGUGUACACAUAGAGUUUUCCAAGGGUGUUUGGCCACAAAGCAAGUGCAAAGAAGUGAUGAUGAUCCUAGCUCCUUUGAUGUCACUUAUCGCGGUAAACACACCUGUUCUCAGGCAGCUUCCUCCUCCUCCUCCUCGUCCUUCCAACUUCCAAACCUUACACCCAAAUCCGAACCUAUUGAAACCCUAAUCUACACUCCUCAUCAACAUCCACAUUCUCAACAACCACCACAAAAAAUCAUGUGGAAUUUCAAAAGAGACAAUAAUGUUGAAGACAUCAAACCUAUUAUUAACACUCAUAAUAAUAAUAAUAAUAAUAAUAAUAAUAAUAAUAAUAAUAUCAACCUAAAAAAUAAAUGUCCUUCCUUUUCCUUCCCUUCAUCCUCUAAUUCAUUGCUUCAUCAUAGUGCUAAUAAUAACUUUGUUGAUCAUGGAAAUUUUCCUACCAAUUCAAGUACAUACACAACAUACCAAUCUUCUCAAUGUCUAAUGAAUAACAACUUCAAUGAUCAUAACAAUAAUCAGAAUAAUAUUGAAGUUGAUCAUCAAUUACAAGGUGCUUUGAUUCAACAAAAUGGUGUCCAUCCAUCAUCUACCUCGGCUGCUAACUCCCCAACGAUUGCAUCGGAGCUUUCGUUUGAUCAUCAUGAAGGUGAAUUUGAUGAUGUUUUCAAUCUUGAAAACCCAAAUUAUUAUUAAUAGUAUUUGUUUGUGCACAUACAUUUUUCCAAGGAUGACAAACAGCAAUUAGUAGGUUCGCAUUUUAAUUUGAGUAGUGAUGGAAUGCAUUUGUUUCCUAGGUUUAGUUAAGUGAAUGAGAGUCCUCCAGAAAAAUUAUAUACUAAAUACUCCCUCCAUCCAAAACGAAGUUUUAUUGUCCUAUUUUUAGUGUAAUUUGAACUAGUAAUGUGACGACUAAA